AUGGAGCAGCGACAGAUGCAAAAGGAUCGCAUCAAGUUAAGGAUUCGGCAUACCAAAGACACAGAAAAGAAUGGCAAUUUCCAAGAGCAAAUGAGUCGUGCGCGCGCUCUCAUCUUUGCAUCCCCUGAAAUUGUAUCUGGAUUCAACCGUCCUGUCAAUGACCAAUACGUUUCCCAAUCUUCGACUUCUGCUCUGGUACAAGGACAGUAUCCGUGCAAUAUGAGCCGGACCGUCAUGAAUUCAGGCGCGCCUCCUUGUCGUGCUUCAUCUCGGUUAUUUGGCGUCUCUCAUGCGACUGCUCGAGCCCAGGAUAACUUUCAUAUCGACCCUUCCAGCUACCUUGAACCCAAAGCCCCGGGAGGCAACUACCAGUCAUUGUCGUCCGUUCUACAGACUCCCGUUCCCAUGAUCGGCCACGAUCAACUGCUGCUUGAUCACUUCAUCGACAAUAUUCUGCGAUUGUCUUUUCCUGUCCUCGAAGCUCAUUCUCGGGGCCCAGCACAGUUGUGUGCCAUCUUAGACUCCCUCAAGACCAACAAGUCCUACUUCCAUUGCUCUCUCAGUGUCUCUGCCAUACAUCUCAAGACAACAAUGAACAUCAGCUCGCAACGGAUCAAUCACGACAUCAUGCGACACCGCUACGGGGCCGUCUCACAACUCUGCAAAACUUUGAGCAACGAGUCCGAGCACACACAGAUCCUGGAUGCCACAUUAGCCAUGAUUUUUUUCCACUGCUUCGUCGGUGUACCGGACGACGAAGAACUCCCUGAUAUCCCAUGGCACGACCAUUUCCAAGCCGCCGCAAACCUGGUGAGCAAGCUAGAGGAGUCUCUUGAUCCCAAUGCCGCACUACCAUUCAGCAUGUCCCUUACCGCGUGGAUUGAUAUUCUAGGCGCCACAAUGCUGGGAACGGCCCCUAAGUUUGCCCCAACCUACCGCGAAAAACACCUGAGCGGGACCACCAGCGGCCUACGUGAGAUGAUGGGCUGCGACGACCGAAUCAUGUACCUGAUCUCCGAAAUCGCUUGUCUGGAAGCCUUAAAUUCAGAGGGACGCAUCAGUGAAACAAGACUCUACCAACACGUUUCCGCCCUAACCGGCCAACUCGACUUUACAGAACCCGCAGACCCAUCCCUCAAAACCCCAUACACCUCCUCAGGCGCCAUAUGGCCUGAGCAAUUGACCAAGAACAUGAGCGCAGUCUUCCGCGCCGCAGCACGCAUCUACCUCUACACCUUGCUCCCAGGCAUCGACCGCAGCCACCCCACCAUCACCACCCUCGUCGCCAAAAUCACGGACAUCUUUCCCUAUAUCCCAUCCGGCCCCUACGGUUUCGACCGCUCCCUAGUCUGGCCUUUGCUCAUCACAGGCGCACACUCAGAACCAACAAGCACCUUCCGCCGCAUUCUCAGCGAGCGCGCGUCUUCCCUAGGCGAUGUGGGCGACUUCGGUAGUUUUGGACGCAUGUAUCGCCUGUUGGUAGAGGUCUGGAGGCUCACAGACGAACCGCCUACUCCUCCAGCCAUCAUUGAAAGGCCAAGGACAUACAUCGAUCCCUAUACCGGGUUGCCGACGCCGGGGUUGAAGCGGGAUGAGAUGAUGCGGUCGCCAUCUCCGGUGCAGUAUACGCUGGGGUUAAGGUCGAUUAAGAAACAGCAGGUGCAGUGGCGGGAUGUGAUGAAUCGGAAUGGGUGGAAGUUUUUGCUUAUUUAG